AAAUAAAAAUCUUUACUUUGACGUUCCUCUCUUCUUCUUCUCCAAUUUCUUCACGGUUCUUUGCGUUAUCCCCAAAAUUGGCAACCAAAACCUUUUCUCUCUAUCUCUCUCGAAAACCCAACAAUGAGUCCGAUCGUGAUAACCCAAUUAGCCACAGGAAUCAGCGUUUUAGCCGGUGCGGUUUUUAUCAAAUCGGUCAUGGACCAAAAGCCUAUGGCUGGUGGUCAGUUCCCUCGUUGUCCGACUUGUAACGGUACAGGAAGAGUUACUUGUUUCUGUUCUCGAUGGUCUGAUGGUGACGUUGGAUGUCGUAGGUGUUCUGGUUCUGGUCGUGCUGCUUGUAGCAAUUGUGGUGGUUCUGGUACAGGUCGACCUUUACCAGCUCAGAUUACGGUUCAGCCACCGAACCGUCCUUAUUGAUUCUUCUUCAACCCCAAAAAAAUGUAUACUUUUGUAAACGAUUCUUAUCUCUUGAGUCUUGAACUCUUCUCUGUCUUGUAAGUUGAUUAUAUAUAUACACAUAGAUGAGAACAGAUUCAUAGCUUCUUUUUUUUUAAUUAUGAUUGCUUCUUUCUUUUUUGUGUUUUGUGUGUUGGGUUUGUUUGAUACUGUUCAUAGUCAAUAUUGUCAUCAAUGGUGGCUUUUAAAGUAAAUCUUUAGAAGAAUCUAAAGAUUCAUAAAGGUAGCUCCUUUUUUUCUGUAAUAGUUUAGGGUAUUGUUAUGGGAUGAUGAUGAUUCAGUAAAAAUGGACUUUGUUUGAUGUGUUUUGGUUCAUCUCUUACUACUCAAAACAAUCAUGGACACAAUUUGUUGCAAAUGGUGAGAAGAUACUUCAUACAAGAACUUCAAAUCAAGUUGGUGUGUGAAUCAUGUGAUGGUUCUUGUCUGGUCUGUUAUAAAGUUGGACUUUGGUUCUGUUUCUUAAAAAAGCUGCAGACGACAUUGUUGUUGUGUUGUUGUGUUGUUAUGUUGGGUUGUUGUUACUGUUCAUAGUCAAAAUUGUCAUCAAUGGUGGCUUAAAGUAAAGAUACAUAAAGGUAGCUCCUUUUUUGUGUAAUAGUUUAAUGGGAUGAUGAUGAUUCAGUAA